UUAGCCGUCUCUAACUAAGCAAGCUAUCAUCGUCAGUCACACACACUGCAAAGUCUGCAAUCAAACAUGGCUUCAGUUUCAUCAUCGGCGGCGAGAUCACUCAUCCGAGACGGUAAAUCAGCGGUGAAUCUACUCCUCCGUGUACGUACGGCCAAUCUCACAGAGACAGUGCAGAACAAUGGACCGGCAAUUCGGUCUCUGCUUCGGUUAAACGAGAAGCCGGCUCGCCAAUACCCGGUUUUCCCUAAAAUAUUUCCGGUAACGCAAACCGGUUUCCGUGUCGGCGUCGUUCAGCAGGAGGAGGACGUUUCGGAGAGAAUAGGGAAAAUGGAGGCGGCUCAUGGAAAGCGAGUGGUGAACAAUAACGAGGAAGUCGAUACGGAAGAAGAAGAGGAGACAGAUUUUGAUGAGGAUGAGAUUGAUGACAUUGAUAUCGACGACGACGAUGAAGAGUUUGAAGAUAUUGAUGAAGACGAUGAGGAUGAAGAGGAAGAGAAGGAUCCCAAGUACACAAGAAAGAAGAAGUAGAAGUCAUUAAUAAUUAAAAGAAAAGCCUCUUUAGUUCUUGGCAAAAUGCUUCUGUUCUUGCUUUGAGAUUUAAUGUGCUUAUUAGACAUAAACCUUCUUGUUCUAAAAUGAGAGCAUUUCUUCUUGUUUGUCUCGUGA